AUGACAGAUCUGUCGCGCGUCCUGCCAGACUUCCCAGCCGGCCGUUAUGCACACCUCCUAUCCACCAUCGAGAAGCAUCAGGUGACGACGAGUGAUCUCCUCACACUCGACGUCACCGACCUCGGCAAGCGGACACAGCUUCCGCUGCUGGACUUGAAGCGACUAUGCAGCGCCGUCCUGGAAGCUCUCCACGCAGACCUGGGGGUCUCGGAUAAGCAGCCAGCGAAGUCAAGCAGUCUGAAGCAGGCCGGCGGCGACUUCGUCCAGCAAUGGAGCUGCGUCAGCACGUUGGACGCAACGCUCGACAAGGCACUGGGCGGGGGAAUGCCAGCGGGUUACAUCAGUGAGAUCACUGGGGAGAGCGGCGCUGGGAAAACACAGUUCCUCCUGACGCUCCUGUUGGCCGCACAACUACCACCACCGCAUGGACUGGGUCGGCCGGCGUUGUAUAUCUCCACGGAAGCAGCACUGUCGACCAAGCGUCUUGCCCAGAUCCUCGACCACCACCCGUUCUUCCAGGACAUGGACAAAUCCACCAAGCCCUCCCUGGACCAGAUCAUCAGCACGGUCACGCCUGAUCUGGAGUCUCAAGACCACAUCCUUCAGUUUCAGGUUCCCGUUGAGGUGUCUCGUCGCAACAUUGGGUUGAUAGUGUUGGACUCGGUGGCAGCCAACUAUCGCGCAGAGUAUGAGCGCGGCGGCUCGAAAGGCUCGGGCGGCUUUAACAUGGGCGUCCGCGGUAACGAGCUGGUCCGACUCGGGCAGCUGCUUCACGACUUGGCUCGCAAGCAUAACCUCGCCGUCGUGGUGGCGAACCAGGUUGGCGACCGUUUCUCUGAUAGCUCCUCAGGGUUCGCUUCUAAAGGAAGUAGCCUACCCUAUGCGGGACGUGUUUCUCAGGAGAGCCCCCUUGCCAGCCGUACCAGGGGAUCUAAGGGACCCCUCCCCGGCGCCGAACCGACGUCCAGCAUGCCGCCCGAGGCCGUUAGGUCAAGCAUGCCGGAACCCGCUCCGGAAGAACCACUUGCCCCUCCCGCGCUACUACUCGACCAUCAGCAGCGAUGGUUCACGGGCUGGGGUGAUGACCCAAUGGACCAUGCUCUCAAAACCCCAAGCUUGGGCUUGGUCUGGUCUACUCAGCUCGCAUGCCGUAUAGCGCUACUGCGGCGACCCGUCUAUGGUCGUAAGCAGGUCAUCGAGGAUGAAAGCUCCAACACCGUCUAUCUAAAAAAUUGGAAGAGGUGGAUGAAGGUCGUCUUUGCGCCGCACGUCAAGGAAAGCGGGCAAGGGCUUGAAAAUGCGGUCGAAUUCGAGGUCACUACAGGUGGCUUGAAGGCGGUCGACAAGAAGGGGAAACAGGAGGCAACUCCGCAUACGUAG